GUAAGUGGGGCUAGAAUGGCAGACGACGGUUCCUGCACCCGCGCUCCCAGCAGGACCUCGUGUUGCGCGGAAGUGGAGCGCGGCCCGCUCGUGGAGCCUAUUGGCCGAAGCCGGCAGGGCAGAGGAGGCAGGAAGGUGACGAUUUGUUUCAAAAAGGCGAGGUUAGGGGGCGUAGCACAAUGCGAGCGGAACCUAGCGGCCCACUGCGCUUCCGGCAGGCGGCGGGGAAGGCGGCCCAGGCCCAGGGGGCGGCCCGAGCCGCCUGGCCUCGCGGCCCAGUGGGAGGUGCCCGGGGCCGGCCUGGCGCCCGCCCCCCGCGCUCGCCCGGGCCCUCCCGGCCGCGCUCCUUGGGUCCCGCCCAGCGGCGCUGACAGCCGCUCCCCGCCCCCGAGGCCGCCACGUCCCUCACGUAGGGCCCUGCAGAGGCGCGGAGCGGCGACCUGGCGCCGGAGCUCCGGCUCCUCCGGCGGAGCUCGGCAUGAGGCUGGCGCGGCUGCUGCGCGGAACCGCCUCGGCCGGCCCGGGCCCCCGGGGGCGCGCCAGCCGCGGCCUCACCUCGGACUCCGGCUCCGGCCCGGCGCCGGAGCUCGGCAUUCCGGGCCAGGUGGACUUCUACGCGCGCUUCUCGCCGUCGCCGCUCUCCAUGAAGCAGUUCCUGGACUUCGCUUCUGCAGCCUCAUUUAUGGCUUCCACUUACUGCCGUUCCCACCGUGUUUGGUUUCAGGAUCUGUGAAUGCUUGUGAAAAGACCUCAUUUAUGUUCCUUCGGCAAGAGUUGCCUGUUAGAUUGGCAAAUAUAAUGAAAGAAAUAAGUCUUCUUCCAGAUAAUCUUCUCAGGACUCCUUCAGUUCAAUUGGUACAAAGCUGGUAUAUCCAGAGCCUUAAGGAGCUUCUUGAUUUUAAGGACAGAAGUGCUGAAGAUGCUAAAACUAUUUAUGAGUUUACAGAUACUGUGAUCCGGAUCAGGAACAGACACAACGAUGUUAUUCCCACAAUGGCCCAGGGUGUGACGGAAUACAAGGAGAGCUUCGGGGUGGAUCCCGUCACCAGCCAGAAUGUUCAAUACUUCUUGGAUCGUUUCUACAUGAGCCGCAUUUCAAUUAGAAUGUUACUCAAUCAACACUCUUUAUUGUUUGGUGGGAAAGGCAAAGGAAGCCCAUCUCAUAGAAAACACAUAGGAAGCAUAAAUCCAAACUGCGACGUAGUUGAAGUCAUUAAAGAUGGCUAUGAAAAUGCUAGGCGCCUGUGUGAUUUGUAUUAUAUUAACUCUCCUGAACUAGAACUUGAAGAACUAAAUGCAAAAUCACCAGGACAGCCAAUACAAGUGGUUUAUGUACCAUCCCAUCUCUAUCACAUGGUGUUUGAACUUUUCAAGAAUGCAAUGAGAGCGACAAUGGAACACCAUGCAGACAAAGGUGUUUACCCGCCAAUUCAAGUCCAUAUCACACUGGGUAAUGAGGAUUUGACUGUGAAGAUGAGUGACCGAGGAGGUGGUGUUCCUUUGAGGAAAAUUGACAGGCUCUUCAACUACAUGUACUCAACUGCACCCCGGCCUCGUGUUGAGACGUCCCGAGCAGUGCCCCUGGCUGGUUUUGGUUAUGGAUUGCCCAUAUCACGUCUUUAUGCACAAUACUUCCAAGGAGACCUAAAGCUAUAUUCCUUAGAGGGUUAUGGGACAGAUGCAGUUAUCUACAUUAAGGCUCUGUCAACAGAAUCAAUAGAAAGACUCCCAGUGUAUAAUAAAGCUGCCUGGAAGCACUACAACACCAACCAUGAGGCCGAUGACUGGUGUGUCCCCAGCCGAGAGCCGAAAGACAUGACGACGUUCCGGAGUGCCUAGAUAUACUCAGAACAACUGGAAAAUCCCAGCGUUUCUUUUGUAUUAGAUUUGGAAGGGAUGGUGUUCAGAAGUUUAUCAUACCAAAUACUUAAUGUGUCAUCUUCACAAUUAACUAUUUAGGUAGAGUAAAGGAACAGUGAAUUCAAUUUAUGCCUGUUAAACUUUGUAGAGGAUGAAACUGUACCUAUUUUACACUUGUAUUUUCACAAUUAAUUGGACAUGUUUUUAAAUAGCUUGUUUUGGUCAACUUUCCUCUUCAUGGUGGCCUUAAGAAGUACAGAAGUCUUUGUGUUUCUACGGGAAGCUGUGUAGCUUUCAAAAAUACUUUUAUGUCCUAGAAACAUUUUCUUACUAAUACUGAUUAGCUAGUUAGCCAUCUUUUUGUUUUUUUUUUGAGGAUGCUACCAUCAUUUAUUUAGAGAAGAAAUUGAGGGCAAAGCGGUAGUGAGUCCCAAAAACUGAGCUAUUGAUUGUUGAGAUUAUAUAAUGGAGCUUUUGAGAAGCAGAGUUUUUUUUGGACCUAUUCCAGACAUAUGGAAUCAGACUAGGACUGGAGCCCAGGAAUCUCAGUUUUUAGAAUGCUUCCUAGGUGAAUCUGAAUGCUCACCUAGUUAGGAAACCACUCUUUUAAAGUGAGAAAUGGUGAUACUACAUUUGCUAAAGUAAUAGAUCUUUAGGUUUUGGUUUUUACCUAUUGAAAGUUCAGACUUCUGGACUCCAGAAGAGAAAAAGUGAAUUUCAGGCCUGAUGCUAUUAGCAUAAUGAGAAGCAGGAGACAGAUUAACCUACGGAACCAUAAAUGCACCAGUAUUGACAAAGAACAUUUUUAAAAUAGCUAGAUCUUUGUUAUUAGGAAAAAGUUAAUUGCGGCUAUCACAACAAUCCUUUGCAUUCAUAUGGUAAUUUGUACUUUACAAAUAUUUUGGUAUAGUAUGAUGCCUCCCUUGGGCUUUACAAUGGAGUAUAAAAGGUGGUAUCAUCCUGUUUUUGAGACUCAGAAUGUGGCCCAGAGUUGCACAGAAUUGGAUCUGGAGCCCAAGCUAUAACUGCUGGUCAUUGUCACCUGCCGCGUCUGGGAGACAAUGAAGUUGGGAGACUGUGUUGUUAGGCAUACCUCAUCUUUUAAGGUGACAGAGAAAUACACUGAAAAUAAAUUUCAAAGUACGAUUUUAGAAGUUUAAAGAACAGAUUUACUACUUAAAUAGUGAAACUAUUUAUCUGGAAAAUACAUUGAAUUGAAACACCUCAUUCUCAAAAGGAUUUCGUAAGCUAAAUAAUUCUAUGUAAAUGUGUUCAUUGGAAGGGAUGUUAAAGGGUAGUUAGUCCAGGCUCUUCAUUUGAGAGAUGAUGAUCCCAAGACUCAGGAUAUGUGGUUUGCCCAGGACUUCUUAGCUAAUCCAACCAAAUGCUUGAAAAAGAGAUCUUUUACUUAAUCUGUCACUCCUUAAUUAUGGAUUUUGUGAAAAACAAUAGGAUAUGCUAGUGGAUGAUUUAUAUUGGUUCAAUGUAUAACAAGUUUUUAGCUUUAAAUUACACUUGUGAAAUGAUGAAAUAGUUUAGAAUUUUUUGAAUCAAAGUGUUCACUUUCUUAAAUGAGACAUUUGUAUAGCUGACAUAAAUUUGAUGUUUUUACUUAUGAAA